UCACUGUAUCAAAUGUGAGCAAUCAGCAGCAGAGGAAAUGAUUAGUUGCAGUUGAACAUUGACCUGUUUUUCUGUUUGCAUGUAAAACAGUCGUGCUGUCUGAAGGAGAGCUCUGCUGGAUCCUUCCUCACUCCACCACUGAAUCAGGGGAAAGGGGACAUUGUGUUUUUGGAGCUGCAGACAGGGAAUACUGUCACUUGAAGCAGCAAUGAAGAGAGCUGUCUUAUUUUUGAUUACUGUCUACGCCUCAGUGCCUGUCAUCCUCUACCUGUUCCCCUGGAUACUGGGACAUGUUGUAUUUUCCCACCUGUUGAGGUUUCCAUUCUUUGUGGAUCUCAGCAGACCUGAAGACGUGCUGAACCACACAUGCAACUUCUACCUGGACACAGAGGCGGAUGUCUCAGUCGGUGUCUGGCAUACACUCCCCGCCAGCCAAUGGGAGAAGGCCGCGGGGAGAAGCCCUGAGUGGUACCAGGAAACGCUGGGAGACGGCAGUCCUGUUAUUAUCUAUCUCCAUGGCAACGCAGGGACCAGAGCCUUAAUUCACAGAGUGGAGCUGGUGAAGGUUUUUAGUGCUGCAGGGUACCAUGUCUUCUCUUUAGACUACAGAGGUUUUGGAGACUCCAGUGGGGAGCCAAGUGAAGCUGGAGUGACCAGUGACGCCCUCUACCUGUACCACUGGGUAAAGAAACAGAGCAGAGGUCCUGUCUAUCUGUGGGGACACUCGCUCGGCUCUGGGGUGGCAACAAAUGCUGCAUUGAAAAUACAAGAGCAAGGGUCUGUGGUUGAUGCUUUAAUCCUUGAUGGAGCAUUCACAAACGUAGAAGAAAUGGUCACCAAGCAUCCGAUCGUUAAGAUGUACAAGUUCCUUCCAGGAUUUGAGGGCUUGUUUUGGAACAUAUUGGAAAGGAACAACAUUGUGUUUGCUAAUGACAAAAAUUUAAAGGUCUUGAACAGCCCACUCCUUAUCCUGCACGCAGAAGAUGACAAUAUUGUUCCUUAUCACAUGGGUCUGAAGCUGUACGAGAUAUCACUCCAGGCUAAGAAAGAGUAUGACAGAGAUGUUCAGGUUGAAAUGAUCACCUACAGUGCAGAUCUUGGAUACGCCCACAACAUGAUCUACUUAGAUCCUAAUCUGUCAAAUGUUGUCGGAAAAUUUCUACAAACCCUGAGACGGUAGAUCGCCAUCCUCCAGAGAUGUAAACAAGACCCAACAGAUUUAUUUUUAUUACAAAACAACAGCUGUGAUUCAACAUGUUAUAUUACACACUAAGUUUUUAUUUUAACACUGGAAACAAUACUGUGACUCACACUGAAGUAAAAUAAAUAAAUAAGUUAAUAAAUCCUCUGCCUGUAAUAUAGACAGGAUUUGUAGCUCAGUACUUGAGGCAUAAAGUCGUAGGAAGGUGAUUAAAUAUUCAGUUUAGUCAGCUGCUCUGUUGCUGCCUUCCUACUGAAUUCCUGACGUGCAGAAACUCCCACUGAUCCUGUCGGAAAGCAUUUCAGACAUGAAGAUGAUUAUUUAACCUCGCUCUACACGCUGACUCCUGGUUCACUAUCUGUCGGUGCUAAAAGACUGUAACAGAUGAUUCUUUUAAUGCAAGUGCUUUGACUUCAGUGCUCUGACAAUAAAAAGUGAUCGGGAAAUUAGAA